AUGGAGGACAUUCUGGACUCGUCAAAGAGAAUCGCUGCGGACGGAGAUGCAGACGACGAUACGUAUAAUUUCCAGAAGGCCAGCUGUACACUGGACGCGAGUAUCAAGAUCUACUCGUACCGAGUGGACGAUACGUGGAAUUCGUCGUAUAAAAUUCUAGAGAACUUGUCACGUACAGAGCAGAAACAUGGCGUGGACGAUGGCGGUGAGGACGGAGCUACUACAGCCAAGUCUCGUAAGACGAGGAAGACUCAUGCACGCACGAUCGAGAAGAACCUGAACAACAUCAACCUGAAGGCGUAUGAUACCGAGUGUGAGGCAGAUCCGCUGUUCCACAAGAUGUCGCAGUCUUUCGAUGAAGGAGGCGCCAAGGGAAUGCUAUUGGCCAAUUUGAGUGUGUAUGAUGGCUGCAAGAUCUUGUUGAACUCGUCGGAUGUGAGCGUCGUGACGCGGAAACCGAUCCAUGAGAAGACGAGAAAGGAGACUCUGACAAAGGAAGCAGACAAGCCUCCAGCUACCAAAGAGCGCAUCAGCUUGUCGAUCUUCGGGUCUUUGCCUUGCAUCAGUCAGGACGUCCAGAAUCUCGAGGUGUGUCCUCCGCUGUACCGCAUGUACGAUCAACUGGACGAGUUUUACGGAGACGAAGCUCGUCACAAACUGGGUAUCAAGAACGAUUUUUUGCUCAAGACUCCUGUCAAGGGACGGCGGAAGACGCUGGACAAGCAGGAUAUCAUCACAAUGAAUCUAGCUGGCAUCAUGGAAGGUGCCAGUGAGGACGAAUCGGACGGAGAAGAGGCUCCACAGGACACGUCAGUGGACUUUGGCGAUGACAACGCAGCGUACGAUGCUGACGAGGACGGCGCUGACACUGUUGAUGGCGCCGAGGAAGUCGCCGAAGCCGAAGCUACUGACGAUGCGGACAUGGAAAAGGAGAAUAAUGUCAUCGAUUUGGCUGCAAGUGACGACGAAGACAGCGUGCAAGACGAUCUCACUUUGGAUGGCACUGAACGAGGCGCUCAGACGCUUGACAAGGAAUCGUCGCUGAAGUCCAGUGCUGCAGACUUUUUCCGAGCCAAAGUGAACGAGAAUUUGCCAGAGAAUUACGAGAACAAUCUCUUCUCGCAGAUGAUUGAGUCUGCUCUGGUGCGGUCUGCCAAUGUGGACGACGAACAAGGUGGUGAUGACGUAGACGGCAAGAAUGAUUACUCGUACUUUGACGUCAAGAUGCUCCGGAAUUGGGCUGGUCCGGGCCACUGGAAGUUCCCUGCAGUGCGUAAGAUGAAGCAGCGCAAUCAGGAAGAUGUCGACAAGGACGGACUGGACGGAGAGGUCGAUAUAGAUGGCGUUGCUAUCAAGGCGGAGCCGAUUGAAGCCGCUACUGAACGUACUCGCAAGGGAAGUACUGCUGGAGUGGAUAAGAAGGCGAUUACAGUGGACUUCUUUGGUGACGAGCCUGAUUUGUUGAGGCUUAAGGCGCCGAAGUCUGCCUCGAGUCUGGAAAUCUCGAAGGGCAACUUGAAGAAGCAGACGGAGAACGCGUCCGAUCUUGUACUGCCAGUGGACACGCACAUUGAGCUGAGUCUGUUCUUUAGGCACUUUUUGAAGGAGAGGACGCGGUUCUUUAGGAAGCGCGGUGGCUUGGACAGUGGCCAUCGGGAAGGUGUUUCGACGAAUGAUUUUGAGUUCGGAGACAGUAGUGUCGAUGCUGCUGAUGAUCACGAUAGGGAACAGCCGUUCACGUAUAACGAGGACAGCGCUGGGUUUGAACCGGAUUACGAUGAAGAUGAAGGCGCCAGCGGGGUGGACGACCCUGCCCCAGUAACGUUGUACUCAAUGGAAGGUCUGGUUCAGGCCGAUCGUGUCGUGGAGAAGAUUGGCGUGCACUAUGAACGCUUUGCCAAGCGUGUGGAUGUGAAGAAGUUGAAGGGCAGUAUCUGGGACCACUUGGAGAAGAAGAGUGGUAAACGUCCACGCGAACCGGAGGCUGAUGAGACAACGUUUAAGAGCGUAGUUGAGAACGUGGCCGGAAAGGUGCCCUCGAAUGUGACAGUGUCCUUUUACUUCAUUUGCGUGUUGCAUCUGGCAAACGAGAAGGGUCUCGAGCUGAAAGGCCAAGACGAUCUUCGUAACUUCCAGAUACGUAAAGAGAAGGCAUGA